AUGCACAUCAAUGCUCGAGAUCAUAUUUCUGCAGCUGGGGUUUCUUUUGAGGAUGAUGAUAUUGUGAUCUUGGCUCUCAAUGGUCUUCCUUCUGACUAUAAUACAUUUCGGUGCAUGGUUCGAGGCAGGGAAAAUGUGCUAUCUCUUAAAGAUUUUCGAUCUCAAUUGAUUGCUGAAGAAGCUACUCUUGAACAAACUAACUCUGCAUCUCCUUUUGUCUCUGCAAUGAUGGCUCAAAAUCAGACAUUUCAAGGCAAGGCUCUUGUUCUUGAUGAAGGUAUCUCCAAUUCUCAGCCUCAAGGUUAUCCUUUUGGCUCUAAGUCUGCUUCAUCUUCUCAUUUUCCCUCUGGUUUCAAUGGGGUUUUAAUGGUAACCAUGCUGGUUUCAAUGGUUCCAAUAAUGGUUUCAAUGGUCACAACACUGGUGGUUACUCUAUCAAUCGUGGGUCUCAUUUUAAGGGUCGAGGCAGAGGUCGCAGUCAUUAUCAAUAUGGUCCACGCCCUUAUCAAGUUCAGCCUACUUCUAGCCCUGGUAGCUGAUACUGGAGCAACAACUCAUAUGACUUCUGACUUGUCUCAACUCAGUUUGGCUACUCCUUUCUCAGGGUCUGAUACUAUCACUACUACAGGGGGUUCAGGUUUGAGCAUUUCUAAUAUUGGUUCUUCCAUUUUGGAUGUUCCACUGUGUUCUUUACAAUUAAAGCAGGACAAGAUCACGGGGAGUGUUCUUCUCAAGGGACUGUGUAGAGCUGGCUUGUAUCCUAUUCCUUUCUCCCUUCCACAAUCCAAUCUUCAACAAGCAUCCUCUUUUCACAAGAAUCAUUUUUGUUAUCUUGGCCAACGGGUCAAUACAAGUCUCUGGCACAAACGUUUAGGUCAUCCCUCCAACACAAUCACUUCAGCUCUCUUACGUCAAUAUAAGGGGUAUAUCUGUUUCUCCCUCCAAACGAAUAGGUUCUUUGUGACUCGCCAUGUCAUUUUUGAUGAAACUAUGUUUCCUUACACCUCUGUGCAUGCCGUAUCUAUUCCUCCAUCUCAGUCUCCAACUACUUCUUCUCAACCAUUAAUUUCCUUGCAUAACACUAUUUUGUCACCUGUAUCUUCUCUUCAUGUUUCCUCUUCUUCUUCAUCCACCUCUACAGCCACUGAAUCUUUGAAUACACUGCUUCCUAGUGCUUCAGAAUGUUUGCUCUCAACCUCCCAGAAUAUGCCAAUUUUAGAAUCUGCUACACAAUCUCCUCUCCCUGUGGAUCCUGAUUUUCAGCCUGAGACUCUUUGUGUAGUCUUACCUCUUCUAGUUGUAAAUCUUCAUCCUAUGACCACCAUGUCUAAGAAUGGUAUUUCCAAAAGGAAGGCUUAUUCUGCUUCUGUACAGCCUGUUGAUUACUCUCAGGUUGAACCUAGUUCUUUCAAGGCUACUUCUAGCAAUGGUUCUAUAGCUAGGCAUAAGGCUUGUUUGGCUGCUAAGGGAUUUAGUCAAGAGGAAGGUAUUGACUAUAGUGAAACCUUCAGCCCUGUAGUGAAACAUACCACUGAAGAGGUUUACAUGACUCAACCCCAAGGCUUUGAGAGCAAACUUCAUCCUUCUGACUUUGUUUAUCCAUCUCUCUUUGUUCAGCAGUCUUCUCUUGGCACUGUGAUCUUACUCCUCUACGUAGAUGAUAUCAUCCUUACAGGCAGUCAUUCCUCUCUUUUUACAUCAGUUAUUGCAGCUUUGACUCAAGAAUUUGAUAUGAAUGACUUGGGGCAGUUGAAUUAUUUUCUGGGGUUGCAAAUUUCAUAUCAGUCCACUGGUUUAUUUGUGACUCAGACUAAGUAUAUCAAGGAAUUACUUGAUAAAGUUGAUUUACAGGAUUCAAAACCAUGUGCUACUCCUUGUCUUCCCUAUCACAUAUUACUUAAGGAUGAUGGAAAGCCUUAUUCUCAUCCAAAACAACACAGGAGUAUUGUUGGAGCUCUGCAGUACCUCACAUUCACAAGGCCUGACAUUGCAUUCUCAGUGAAUCAAGCUUGUCAAUUCAUGCAUAAUCCCAUGGAAUCUUAUGUUGUGGCGGUUAAGAGAAUCUUGAGGUAUUUGAAAGGUACUCUUGAUUUUGGAAUUCAUUUUCAGCCUGGUAUUCUUAAUCUGCAGGCUUACAGUGAUGUUGAUUGGGCUGGUGAUCCUAAUGAUCGCCGAUCUGUCUCAGGAUAUAUUGUUUACUUAGGGUCUAGUCCUAUUUCUUGGGCUUCUAAGAAACAACAUAUUGUAUCUCGUUCAUCUACUGGGGCAGAAUAUAGGGCCCUUGCUAUUGCAGCUACUGAGCUUGCCUGGAUUCGCCAAUUAUUCUGUGAUCUUCGUGUGUCUUUACAUAUCCCUCCUUUAAUCCAUUGUGACAAUAUCUCUGCCAUUUCUCUUGCUUCCAAUCCAGUAUUCCAUUCCCGAAUGAAGCAUCUGCAGAUUGAUUACCAUUUUGUCAAAGAGCGAGUUAUUAGAGGUGUUUUGCUUGUUCAACAUGUCUCUUUUGCAGACCAGUUUGCUGAUAUUCUCACUAAAGGUCUUUCUACUCCUUUGUUCCAGCACCAGUGUUCCAAUCUUAUGCUUGGCUCCUCCAAGCCUGCGAUUGAGGGGGAAUGUAAAGAUAUCAAUGGUCCUAGUCUUGCCACAUGUCAUAAGAUUAAAGAGUCAAGUGGUUAA